UUUUUAGGUAGGCGUCGCAGCCGGCUACCUUCUUGCGUGUGAAGCUGAAGAAACAGGAGCGUGCAUGUAGCUUGGGGGAGUCCUUCCGAGGCCGCGUCAUGUAUUACAAAUUUAGCGGCUUCAGCCAGAGGCUGGUUGGGGCCGGCGCUUCUGCUGCCUACUCCCCUCAGGGUUUCAAGCCAGCGGUAUCUGUGGAAUCGCCAACUGUGAUAUUUGAUAACCCCAUUAAAGUUGCCCCAAACACACCAAACAAGGUUGGGGGGUUGGUUAAGAACAAGGUACCAGAACUGCAGAGAUUAUUUCAGAAGCCUGAUGAUCUUCCAGUACAUCUGAAACGAGGUGUUCCCGAUCGACUUCUUUACCGGACCACUAUGGCAUUAACAAUAGGAGGGACCAUCUAUUGUCUGAUAGCUCUCUAUAUGGCUACAAGUCCCAAAAGAGAGAAGUAAAUAAUAUAGGUCCAGUAGGAACUGUCGUCUAACUAGAAAGGAAGACUUGCACUCAAUCUUCUGCUAUUAUACUACAGUCAUAUGAUAGUAUAUUGCAUAUUCUUGGGCUUCGUGUUGAGUUAAAGACAAAUAAUAGAGUAACAUAAGGAAUUUAGAGUAAAAUCACUACCAUGGUGGGAAGGUCAUUAUCACCUAUGUAGUUUUGCUUAUUCCUCUUCACAACUGUCAGUAAAAUAAACCUCAUGUAGAGAG